UUUGAAACCGGAAGCGGCUACCUUGUGGCGCUACUUUUGGUGAAGCGAAGGUUUCUUAUCAUUUUAUUCCUAUAGCUUCCUGAUAUGUCAAUAAGUUCAGUGCAAUCCACCUUGUCCACUCUGAAGUCAUGUCAGGCAGAUAUUGGAGCUUGUAUGGACAUGGUAUCAGAUGUUGCGCUGGGAAUAGUUGAAGCACAAGGUAUGGAUAACAGUCCAGCUCUGAAGAAGCUGGAGGAGAUGAUUCUGGAGUGCUCCAGACUGGACAGAGAAAUCAGUUGUUUCGUGGAGUCUGUUGAUGAGAAGACUGCUCAGGUCAGACGUGAACCUCCCGAGGCCAUGUUUCAUCUGAGGAGCUCUGUAAAGGAGCGUUUCACUGAGCUUACAGCUGGAGUUACAGAUGCAGACCUGCAAAGGCACAGCAAGGUUGUUGCCUUCAGAGACAGUGUCAGGAAAUAUGCCAUGCAAGCAGGUCAAACUGCUGCUGAGAAUGAAGAGGAGGAGUUGGAUGAGGACAUUGCUGUAACACAGAGCCAGACAAACUUCAUCUGCCCUCUCACCCAGGUUGAGAUGGUCAAUCCAUUGAAAAACAAGAAAUGCGGUCAUCACUAUGACCAAGAGGCUGUACUUGAAAUGAUUAAGGCUAAGCACAAAAAUAAGAAGAAAUUUCGCUGUCCAAAGGUUGGCUGUGGAAAUGCAGAUGUUCAGCGGUCAGACCUCGAGUUGGACUUGCUUAUGAAGAGAAUGAUUCAGAACCACAAGAGACAGUGGAAAAACCUAAUUUGACUAAAUCAGUCCUGCAGAUGGUAUAGUUGUUCGGUCUUUAAUGGGAAAAUGGUUUUGUCUGAAUGUUGAAAUGUAGAACUGGAGUUUUGUUGUAAAAUUUGGUUCAUGUUAUAGUUAAUAUAUAACACAUUUAUAGUUCAUGUUUGUAAUACAAAAAUAAAGGCACUAUUCU